AUGAAUGCUGAGGCCUCUGAUCCUGACGAUAAACAAACAGAAGAACGAGCGGAGACUCCUGACUCGUCAGCUGUGGAACAAGAUACAGGUACGGGCCCUGGCCAACAAAUUUCUGAUACCAACAGUACCACCAAUGCUACAGAUCGCGCAAUAAGGCCCAGUACGGACAGUGUGACCCACGCCAGCGUGCCCUCUAAUAAUAGGGAUGGCCCCAUUGUCAUGGCUCCUGGACCGGAUGAUCACAUCAAAGAAGACAUUGCCCGGCAGAGACUCCAGUUCGAGCAAACACAAGCUGCUAAUGUUCUGAGUUCUACGCAAGUAGAAGAACGAGCGGAGACUCUUGACGAGCCAGAAGUCCAACAAGAUACCGGAACCAACCAUGGCCAACAAAUUUCUGAUACCAACGCUACCGCCAAUGUCACAGAUCACACAAUAAUGCACAGUACAGACGGCGUGGCCAACACCAGCGUGCCCACAGAUCCUUCGAGUAAUAAUGAUGACCCCAUGGCCAUGUAUGAACAUAUCAAAGAAGACAUUGCCCAACAGAGACUCAAGUUCCAGGAAAAUCAAUCUGCCAAUAUUCUGAGUUUUUUACCGGAUGACCACAUCAAGUCAGAAAUUACUCAGGCGAGACGCAAGUUCGAGGAACAACAAGCAAAUGGCCAACAGCCUGCAACUUUUGGUGCUGGAAUUGCCACUCCUUCUGCUCCUACCGCGCAACCAGGUGCCUUUGCUGUCGAAGGUGGACGCACAGGAAUUACAGAAGAAGCUAAUCAGGACGAGCCACCAGAACAAAAUCAAGAUAUCCCAUGGGACAUUACGGGAGCCGUCAACAUACAGGAGGCACACGUUGCUGCCGUCGCCCAGCAACCGUUGGCUCUCGGGCAGAAUUCAUUGCCACCACCACCCGAAUUGGCUCGCCAAGGACCACGUUCACGCGCUCAAAUGCCCCCGGGUGCCUAUAGUGAAGGUGAUGGACGAGAAUCGGCGGGAGGUGGCACCAUUUCCAUCGGUUCCACAACUACGUUCCAGGAAAACAAUUCGACAGGAGGAGCCAAUAAUAACGGGGGCAACAAUACCCUUGACAAUUCCGCACCGUUGCUAGAGGCAACUCUGGUGGGCUCGCGAUCGUUUCAGGUCGAUGAAGAACGAGACCUUCCUCAAGCCGAAAUCUUGGAACCCAAAUCAAUGGUAGGGCAUUGGAUGGAAUCCACGUCCACUCAAGGCAAGCUCAUUUGUAUACUCAUUGUGGCCAUUGCACUGGGAUUGGCCAUUACUGGUUUAGUGUGUGGAACCAGCAAUGUCUGUGGUGGCGGUGGUGGUGAAAUGUCCAACGAGAACGAUGAAAUGUCCACAUUGGCACCUACGUUUUCGUGGGUUUCAGACUUUCCCGAUUUCACCCUCGAGGCCUUACAAGAUCCAGUUUCAUCCCAGGCUCAAGCCUAUGAUUGGAUGGUGGAUGGAUAUGGGGAAGAAAGGCUCAGUGAAAUGCCGGACUGGAGACGUGCACAGAUUUUUGCCAUUGGCUGCUUCUACUAUGCCUUUGAUGGAUCUACCCGGCCUGGACUUCUUCGUGACAAUGCUUUUUUCAAUACAUCAUUACGCGAAUGCGGGGACUGGAAUGGGACACAUACUAAAUUCGGCUGUACAGAGGAGGGGCGGUUACAACAUUUCAAAAUUACGGUCAGUCCAGUGGAUAUUGUGGGUGUCAUUCCACCCGAAGUGGUCCUGCUGGAUCAAUUGGAUGAGCUAGCCAUUACCAAAGUCAAGUUGAUUGGGAACUUGACAUCAAUUGUUCCCACACAGCUCGAGCUGCUGCCAAGCAUCAGGAUUCUGGAUCUAAGUGAAAACCAGGUCACUGGAACGAUUCCAGAGUAUAUGAGUGACAUGAAGCAGCUGGAAGUCAUUGACUUUUACAAGAACGCAAUUGGUGGAACUGUACCUUGGCAGCUCAUGUAUGACAUGCCCAACUUGAUCAAUCUUCAUCUUGGCACCAACGUACUUGGUGGCACUAUUCCCAAGCCACCACCUGCAUUUGCAACGCCCUCAUUGGCAAGAGUGGCACAAGGAGACAACAUGACAAAUUCCUCGCUGGAAUCAUCCAUCGAUGAUGAUGUCAACAGCUAUGUUCCGCUGGAGAGCUUGGAGCUGCACCUCAACACCUUCUCAGGAACGCUACCCACGGAGCUAUCGUAUCUCCAAAAUCUCCAAAACUUUCUGUUGUCCACCAACCAGAUAACGGGUCCCAUCCCAACCGAACUCUUUCUCUUGACCAAAUUGGAACGUCUUCGACUUCAUACGAAUCCCAUGACUGGCAGCCUAUCCGCAGAAAUUGGCCUGCUAUCCAAACUGACCUACUUGUCGGUUGCAAAUUUGGAGCUGACUGGAUCUAUACCAAGUGAAGUGGCAAUGGCCAGCAACCUUCGAUUCCUCAGCUUUGGAGGCAAUCAGAAUAUGCAAGGCACAAUUCCGUCCGAGUUGGGACUUCUGACAAAGCUGACAUUGCUCACUGUGGGUGGAGGCAUGACAGGCAGCAUCCCUGAUAGUAUCUGUCAAUUGACCUUGCCUCGCGAGGAUGGUGGUGGCAAGACCAAGCCCCUCAGUCUCACAAUUGCGUGCGACACGAUGGAUGAGUGCCCAACUGAUUGCGUAUGUGAGUGUGGAGCAGAAGAAGUAAAAACCAUCUGGUAUAGUGGAGGUUCUUCGGGCGGUUCUGGUGGAGGUACGCAAACAAACAGCAAUGGUGGCAGUUCAACAGGAAACAGCAAUGGUGGCGGUUCAGGAGGUAGCCGAGGUUGA